GAGCGAAUAGGAGACACACGCGUUUCAACUCCUGGAGCGGUUUUUGGAUAUCCAAGAAAUGUUUUUCGGUCUCUCUGUGAAGUAUCCAAAUGGUCCAUCAUACUUGUUUGUGGGGAUUAUACUUUUUUCCCUCAUAACUGACAGUUAUGGGACAUUGGAAGGCAUGAGGCCAAAAAAGAAAAGUGGUGAUGUUGACGUUCAGACAACUGCAGAGAAAAAGAAAGUCAAAAGUGAUUUGGAGCAAUUGGAUGACCCAGAGACAGUCGAGAAAUUUCUUCGUGAUUUUCUCGAACCUGACCUAUUGUUUUCUCAAAUUUUAAAGGAUAAAGAAGAUCCAAAUGUUGACUCAGAAUCGAUACGUGAUCCAAUUGAUUCACACUUAAAAGAUGCAGACCAAGAGUUAGUGGAUGCAUCUAGGCGGGGUUCAGGCGUUAACGAUGUCACAGGUGAUAGCAUUCCAUCAGUUCAUGGGGAUACAGCAAAAAAAUCUCAUCUACAGUCAAGUGAAGACAAAACUUCAGAUUCAAGUGUACCGCAACGCUUAUACGAGGAAGCUAUGAGUCUUUUGGAGAAAGGAGAUUCCCAAACAUCUUCUAGCCAAAGUGCUUUUGAACUGCUUAGUGAAGCUUCUAAGCAUGGAUAUACAAAGGCUCGAGAACAGCUCGCUUUGCUGAUAUUACUUGGAGGACACACAAAAGAGCCUUUUCAGAGUGCAUAUUCGGAAUUCGAACAACUAUCCAAUGAAGGGAACCCGCGUGGCCAGUUUGGUUUAGGAUUUUUAUAUGCAUCUGGAUUACAUGUCAACGCAAGCGUUCCACAUGCCUUAAUAUAUUUCACAUUUUCGGCUCUUGGAGGAGAUAAUUUUGCUGAUAUGGCUUUGGGUUAUCGUUACUGGACUGGUGUUGGUGUUGAAGAAGAUUGUGAAGCAGCACUAACACAUUAUCAUCGAGUUGCUCAAGUUGUCUUUAAAGAAGUUUCCGAGCGUUCUGAAGCUGGUGGUCCAACUCUCCUUGGACCAAUAGUUCGUCGUGCUCGUCUGCUGGAUGAAGUGGAUAUGAUGAACAGUUUGGAUGGUGACCUUACAAUUAGUGAAGACUUGUUCCAGUAUUAUCAGUUUAUGGCAUAUAAAAAGAAUGUUAGUGCAAUGGUUGGAUUGGGUCAGUUGUACUAUUAUGGUAGACACGGUGUUGAAAUGGACCACGAAAAAGCAUUUUACUACUUCAACCUGGCUGCUGAGUCUGGAAGUGCCAUAGCUAUGGCUUAUUUAGGCGAGAUGUACAUGGUUGGUAGUGCUACUGUGCCUGCAGACUCAAUGCGAGCUUUGAAAUAUUUGCGCAAAUCAGCUGAAGAGAAUAAUCCGAUUGGACAAACUGGCUUAGCAUUGGCUUAUCUUUACGGUCGAGCUGGUCUACCGGUUAAACCAGUUACUGCAAUGGAGCUAUUUUUGAAAGCAGCUGAUCAGGGUUGGCCUGAAGCACAAUUACAUCUUGGUCGCAUGUUUCUAGGUAAUCAUGGUAUAAAAGUGGACUACAAGUUGGCCUUAAAAUACUUUACUAUGGCAUCACAACAGGGUAAUGUGAUGGCUUUCUACCACUUGGCGGAGAUGCAUGCUAAAGGUACAGGGGUAUUACGAUCAUGCAGUACUGCUGCUGAACUUUUUAAAAAUGUAGCUGAACGUGGUCGUUGGUCAAAAAUGUUUAUGUCUGCUUACUCUGCUUUCCGUAAUCGUCGAUAUCAUGAGGCAUUUGUAACAUAUCAACUUUUAGCAGAAUUAGGUUAUGAAGUAGCUCAAAGUAAUGUGGCAUUUAUUCUUGAAGAAGAUAAAGCUCCAGGCAUUCCAAAGCAUGAACUGCAUAAACGUGCUUUUACUCAAUGGCAAAGGUCAGCAACACAGGGUUCCACAACAUCCCGUGUAAAGUUGGGUGAUUAUUACUACUAUGGACUUGGUACUGAUGCAAAUUAUCAAAAAGCGAUUCAGCAUUAUCGCAUUGCCUCUGACCUUCAUCAUAAUGCACAGGCAAUGUUUAACUUGGGCUAUAUGCAUGAACAGGGACUAGGAUUGAAGCGAGAUCUUCACUUGGCCAAACGUUUUUACGAUAUGGCUGCUGAAGCUUCGAUCGAUGCGCGAGUAGCUGUAUGCUUGGCGCUUAUCCGCCUUGCGUUCUAUUUUGUCAUGGAAUUUUUCAGUGAAUCAAGCCUCCUGAAAUACAUUGGACGUAUGUUUAAUAAGCCAUCGGAGAAUUCGGAAUCGAGCUAUACAACUGACUCAUCAUCAUCAACUGAACAUUUUAAAACAAAUAUGGAUUGGGAUUUUUAUGCAAUACCAUUUUUAGCUGGAUUAUUAUUAUUGUUCAUUGUUUAUAUUAGGCAUAGAAGAAAUUGAUUUUACUUUAUAUGAAUGUGUUUGUUAGUCAUAAUUUGAGAAUGGAAAAGUCAUUGUUAUCUGUCUGUUCCUCAGAUUUUAAAGUUGUGAUAAAUCACUUUGUUCCUUUUCUUACCAAUCUCUUGUUAAUUCUAUGGUGUGUGUAUAGAUUGUAAAGUUUAUCCUUACUUCACUUACAUAUGUCAAUUUUAUAUGUAUGUGUGUAUGCACUUGUUCAAGUUUGCACGUUAUAUUCAACAAGCAAAAAAAAAAAAACAAACAGAACGAAUAAUAACAUAUCUUGUCACAAAUAUUUACCUUUUCUGUAAGUGUGUAGUCCGCUGCAAACGCACACAUGUCUGUGUAAUAUUUCUUGUAAACGUUUUUUUUUUCUUUAAUCAUAGAAUUUGAGGAUACUCUUUUUGUCAAUAAACUAACUGUUCAGAAUAUUUUUUGACAAGAAGGCCAAACCUUUUCUUUCGAAAGUACAUUAAGUUAUUUUACUUUAUUGAAGUUCUCUACUUGUAAUCGCAGAACAAACGGAUUUUGUCAACUAUCGAACUUUCAGUGAACGAGUUAUACGUAUAGCAAUUCUGGAUUGAAAAAGAUUCAUAUUCUGUUGUACAAAUAAUUGAUAGACAGACAUUCUGUUGCCUACAAAAUGUAUCUGCUACCAUUAGUUUUAAUUAGGAUUUCUAAGGAGAAAACGUUUGUAUGUCAUAUGAAUAUUUGUUGAAAUACAAUCACUUUCAGCAAGCUAUUUUGAUAUUCAAGUAUUAACUACUUAUGAGUAGUUCAAAGUUUUUUGAAAAAUGUUAGCUGGUGAUAUGUAUGGUACCUCCGCUUGUGCAAACAGUUUCAUUCAUUAAUUCAGGAUAUGUCAUUAAUUUUCUCACUUGUUUCGGGAUUGAAAUUUAUCACUAAUAAAACCUCUCAUUUACA